AUGCAGUGGGUGCACAAUGCCAGUCCGGAAGUGCUGGCCAAGUCGCAGUAUCCGUCCAUCCUGGGCGUGGUGCUGGGACUCACGGGGUUGAUGGUUUUUACGGUUGCGCUGCGUGGAUAUGUGCGCGUUGCGAUGGUGAAGGCCGUGGGGAAGGACGAUUGGGUUAUCCUGUUCUCAGCGGUUUGCAGUGUUAUUUACAGUGGUCUCUGUAUUGGCCAGUCGAGAUGGGGCCUCGGGCUCGAUAUUGCGAUUAGGCCGACAGAAAACCUCAAUCAGUACUCAGUUAUCAACUUCGCCGGGAGACCGUUUUACAUGGCUGGCAUCACCGGCUUCAAAGUCGCCCUCUGCCUUUCAUACCUUCGCAUUCUGAACAAGUCGAACAAGGCAUAUCGGAAAUUCGUCUGGAUCGUCCUCAUCACCUGCGUUCUUGGCCAUCUCGGAGGCACGCUCGUUCUCAUCUUCCAAUGCAAGCCGGUUAAAAAAUCAUGGCUUCCCAAAACUCCCGGCUCUUGCCUCCCCAACGACACCACCUUCUACGCUCUAGCCGCCAUCACCAUCAUCUUCGACUGCAUAAUCUUCGUGCUUCCCAUUCCCCUCCUCUACUCGCUCCAGAUCAAUAUACGACGCAAGAUUGCCCUGAUGACCGUCUUCCUGCUCGGCCUCUUCACGACCAUCUGCUCCAUCAUGCGCAUGGUCCAGAUUAUCACCAUAGCCAAGACGGGCAAUUCUACAAUGCUCGUCCUCUGGGGAACAAUCGAGAUGAACGUUGGCAUCUCACUCACAUGCAUCCCCACCCUCGCACCACUCUUCACCUACUUCAAAGAAAAGACAUCCUACUACACCCACGGCGCCAGCCGCGAACGCACCAAUGGCAGCGCCAACGCGAUGCAAGUCCUCAAGUCCGCUCGAGACCGCGCGAGCGCCGAACGCUGGCGCGACCGCGACAACACCAGCGACACGAGCAGCCAGAAGGAGAUUCUGGGUACAGACAGCAACGUCACCACGCAGAGGACAGGGACGAGGGAGAGGAACGGUGGCGGUAUCACGGCCACGGUAACAGUGGAUAUCAAGGUGGAGGAAGCGGAGGGCCCACAGAACGGAGAGUUCCGUCGAGAAGAGAGGUGGACAUAGAAGUGGACAUGGAGUAUACUGUACAUAAUAACAAAAGUCUCAC